AUGUCUCUCGCCGACACGGAUCGGGAGCAGAUCAAGACGCGCAACCGCUACCGUCGGGCGCUGCGAGCCACAAUGGAGACCAUCUGUAGCGCCGAAACCCACCAUAUCGAACCCAACGUGUGUGAAAAGGCCAGCAUUGUACGACAGCCACUGUCGCUGAAUGAGAAGUCCGAUGGCCAGCCCUUAUUCUUUGAUCGCUACCAGGGAAGGCUGCAGGAUAGAAGAACACCCGACUCGACCUGGUCGGAGUACAAUGCCGAUUUAGAAAAUUACGAGAACGUGCGGAUUCUCUAUUUUUGGAUCAAGCGUUACAUUCGUGAUCAGUCCCCCCUGGAGCCCGCUGGGAGUUACGAUGUAGGAUGUCAUGAUCUCUAUGAAAUUGGCGAUUACUUCUGGAAGGUUGUGAAUGCCUCCGUCCCUAUGACGAAUCCGGGCUCCGGGAUCUAUCCGGCAAACCUGCGGAACGUCCCCAAUCCCAACCCCCCAUUGCCGCAUGUCAAGUGCCUAAUGGAAAGCGAUGUCAUGGGAGACAAUCGCCUGCUCAGGGGCGAGAUCAUGGCUAUCAUCCACGUCAUGGAUGCUCGGCUUUCUGCCAAGUCUCUUCGUCCGCACCUGAUGGCACCUAUGCUACUAAUUUCUACCAUGGGCCCUUGGCACUUCCGAGUUCUGGAAGCCUAUUUUAAUGGCGACAAGCUUGUCGUGCGGAACACCCCUCUUUACGAUAUGCGUCAGGGCACAGAGGCCAAAGCGGCCGACCUCUGUCUAUGGUGGUAUGGCAAGGUUAAGGGAAACACCCAGACAUUGCUGAAAUGA